AACGAAUUAUUAUGAGCCAUUAGCAGUUAAUAUGAAUCAAGGUUAGAAAACUUACAUUUAUUGUUUCAAAUUCACAUUUGCAAAAUGAGUUGUUAUGUGUGUACGUUGGUCUUUAUAUUGCAAAUAGUUGCUGGAGAAAUAAUAUUUAAUGUGCCCAAAAAUAAAACCAAAGAACUUAUCCUGGAAUAUGGAAUAGGUAUUGCGAAUGAUAAUUUUGAUUUUGCGCAACCAACAGCAGUUUUACAUGAAGAUGUCGAUGAGGAUAUUGUGAGUCAAUAUUUGAAAUCAUACCGCGGAAGUGUAACUGUCGAAAUAGCAUAUUAUGAACCGCCAUCGACCCAAAUUAUGAUUUUUCUAGAAACAUUAGAAUCUUUUGUAAAGAUUAUGGAAAAAAUGAAACCGGAUUUGAAAGGUAGAUCGCUUCUGAACAGCAGAGCGAAAUUCAUUAUACUUUUGCUGGAUAAUCGAGGCAAUAUUCAGCGAAUGACAGAAAUACUGUGGGACUAUCACGUGAUAGAUGUAGCGAUUAUUACAUCAAAAAAUGGUAAUAUCACCUUUUACACUUAUUUUCCGUAUAGAAAUCAAGAAGACUGCCGAAACACAGAUCCAGUCUUACUGGAAUAUUGGAAUAGAAAGGAACCUUUACGAGACAUAUUAUUUCCUGAAAAAAUCAAAAAUAUGCAAGCUUGUCCAUUAUACAUUUCAACUAAUAAACUUUAUCAACCAGAUAAUGAACAAAAAAAUCAACUUCAAAUUAUAAAAAAUAUUAUGAUUGACUCCUUGAGAGAAGUUAUGAACUUUACUCCAAGCAUCUUCAAUAGAGAUUACAUUAGUAUUGAUUCUGACCGGGCCAAAAACUGGUCGGAUUCGUUAAAUGACGUCAUAACCGGAUUAGCUAAUGUUUCAACUUGUUCCAUUCCACUGGGAGUCGAUAAAUUAGGAUUGUUGGAACAUUCAACGCCAUAUUUCACCGUGCGUUUGGUGUGGUUAGCACCUCCAAUCAAACCUGGAUCUGCUUGGUGGAGACUCUUUUCUCCUUUAAGUGGAUACCUAUGGCUACUUAUUCUCAUUGUUCUAUCCUUUAUUAAAGGUCUCCCACUGACCCUCAAACUGCCGCCUAUAAAGAAGUUCUGUUACCGAUACUUUAAAAACUUUAACAAGUUACAUGGAAUUAUUAUAAAAACAUGGGCAGUCAUGAUGGGUCAGCCAAUUAGAGUCUUCCCUAAGCGUUUCAGAGAUUUUUAUAUUCUGACUCUUUGGAUGUGGUAUACAUUCGUCAUCAGAAAUGUUUACCAAAGCGUGCUGAUUGGAGCUCUUAAAACAGAUUCAACAGACGGAAACUUUGCAACUCUUAAAGAGACAAUCGAAAAUGGCUUUGAAUUUGGAGGUCGCGCAGGAAUUUAUACGCAUUUCGAAUUUGAUCCAAUAAUAAGGAAUGGUUUUGUGAUUGUGCAAGAAGAACAUUUCGAAGAAGUGUUUCAAGAUGUUAUAGAUGGAAAGGUAAAAUUUAUAUUGAGUACCUCGUUGGAGUAUGCUUACGCCUACUGCUUGGCAGUCGGUAAGAAAGAAACGGAAUGUGGACAUGUUCUUCCAGAUUCAAUUCUAAUCCUACCGUUAGUAAUAUGGAUGAAAAUAAAUUCUCCUUUUACGAAGCCGAUUUCCUUGUGGCUACAAAGGCUUAUUGAAAGUGGAUUAUUGGAACGUGAAAAAAUCGUUGUAAAUACGAUUGCUGGUCAGUUAAUUACUGAUCCAUCGCCUCUGAACAGUCACCAAAUAAUAAGUUGCAUGCUGUGCCUUGUGACAGGGUAUGCAUUUUCUACAGUCGCGUUUUUAUUUGAAAUUGUAAGGUUCCAAUUGCAUAAAUUCAAGUUAAAUCAUGGCAAUAAUUAA